AUGGGUGCCCAGAGCCGUCACGUUUUCCAAGUCGCCGUGCUUGGCUGCCUCGUCGCCGCGGCGCUCGUGCUCAUGAAGCAGCGCAAGUCGACGACCGCCAAGCCGCCCAAGGCCCCGCGCAAGCCGUCGACGGCGCGCGCCCAGUCGGACAUUACGGACACCCAAAUGGUGUACACGGAACCGGAGCACAUCAAGAUCCCGCGCCGUGGGUCGGUCGGGCCCAACGACAUCCUUGUCAUUGGUGUUUGCGGUGGCACGGGCUCGGGCAAGACGACGCUGUCGCGCGCGAUCAUGGAAGAGAUUGGUGAGGCCAACGUCUCGUAUUUAUCCCACGACUACUACUACCGUGACAUCUCGAACCGGACCCUCGAACAGCGUGCGCAGCACAACUUUGACCACCCGGAUUCGCUCGAAACCUCGCUCUUGGUGCGCCACUUGGAAGCGCUCCGCGACGGCGUCACGGUGGAGGUGCCCAUGUACGACUUUGCGACGCACUCGCGCUGCGCCGACACGCAGACGAUGGUGCCCCGCCGCGUGAUCCUCGUUGAGGGCAUCCUCCUCUUUACGGACCCGGACCUUGUCGCGCUCAUGGACAUCAAGGUGUUUGUCGAGACGCCGUCCGACAUUCGGUUCAUUCGCCGCCUCCGACGAGACAUUGCCGAGCGCGGGCGCACGGCCGAGAGCGUCAUCGACCAGUACCUCAAGACCGUGCGGCCGAUGCACCUCACGUUCGUUGAGCCCUCCAAGCGCGUCGCCGACAUCAUCGUGCCUGUCGGUGUCAACGCUGUCGCCCUCGACCUCAUUAUCUCCCGCCUCCGCUCGUACUGCCCGGAAUAG